CCCCCGGCAGAGGCGGCGGUGCUGAGCUACGACGGGCAGCAUGUACCUGAAGGUGCUGGUGCCGGGGGCGGCGCAGACGGAGGCCGAGGACAGUGGCCCUGCGUUUCAUGUCGCCCCGGCCUACGGCCUGGUGCUGGCCCACCACCUCCCGCCAGUCGGCCGACACGCUGCGCCUGGAGCUGGACGGGGGGCGCAUGAAGCUGACCCUCAACCUGGACUGCGUGCGCGUGGGCUGCCACCCCAGCAAGGGCCCCGAGACGCUGUUCGCGGGGCAGAAGCUGGACGACAACGAGUGGCACACGGUGCGCGUGGUGCGACGCGGCCGCAGCCUCCAGCUCUCCGUCGACAACGUCACCGUGGAAGGGCAGAUGUCGGGCGCCCACACCCGCCUGGAGUUCCACAACAUCGAGACGGGCAUCGUGACGGAGCGCCGGUUCCUGGCCGUGGUCCCUUCCAACUUCUUGGGUCACCUCAGCGGGCUCCUCUUCAACGGGUUGCCCUACCUGGACCUCUGCAAGAACGGGGACAUCAGCUCCUGCGAACUCAACGCCCGUUUCGGUCGUCGGACCAUCGUGGCCGACCCGGUGGCUUUCCGUGGCCGGGGUUCCUACGUGGCCUUGGCCACCCUCCAGGCCUACACCUCCAUGCACCUCUUCUUCCAGUUCAAGACCACGGCGCCCGACGGCCUCAUCCUCUUCAACAGCGGCAACGGCAACGAUUUCCUCGUCGUCGAGCUCGUUAAGGGGUACAUCCACUACGUGUUCGACCUGGGCGACGGCCCCUCGCUGAUGAAGGGGAACUCGGAGCAGCCGCUGCACGACGGGCGCUGGCACGAGGUGUCGGUGGCCCGGGAGGGGGGCACCCUCCACGGGCUGCGGGUGGACGGGCGCCCCGUCACCCAGCACGGCCAGGGCGCCCGAAACCUCGACCUCAAGGGGGAGCUCUACAUCGGGGGGGUCAGCAAGGGGCUGCUGGGGCGGCUGCCCAAGCUGGUGGCGUCGCGGGGGGGGUUCCAGGCUGCCUGGCCUCCCUGGACCUCAACGGCCGCCUGCCCGACCUGCUGGGGGACGCGCUGCAGCGGGUGGGACACGUCCAGAGGGGCUGCGACGGCCCCAGCACGACGUGCACGGAGGAGUCGUGCGCCAACCAGGGCGUGUGCCUGCAGCAGUGGGACGGCUUCGCCUGCGACUGCAGCAUGACGGGCUACGGGGGGCCCGGCUGCAGCGACCGUGAG